AGCAUAUAAUAGAAACCCUGAACAAAUUUAAGCAGUUAUAGUCGUCUAAGGUAGUCUUUUUAGUGAAGUAAAGUCAAGAGCAGGCUGUUGUGGAGCAUUUCUAAUUGAGGCAGAGCUCAGCGGCAGCAAACUGCAGAUAGAGAGAGAGAGACGGGUUGGAGACAAACCAGUCCUGUGUCCUCUGGAUGUUUCCUGGUUUACCCACACUGACGCAGUGGUCUGCUCCUGUUUCUCAUCUUGUGGCUGCAGAGGCUUACCGUGCUAUUAAUACACAUGAGCUGCUAAUUCUGCACGCGUCCGAGGCACAGGAAUGGGCGACGUAUUUGCAGCAGAUCUUGAAAUCCUCCAGAAAAUUCCGCAAAAGGUCAAUUUUGCUGUACGCCGUCGACCCGGCCGAUCACCCGAACAGAUACGACUUUGAAUCUUUCCAAAGCUGCAAGUGCAUCGUGCUGCUGAUCACGGGAGCCAUCCUGGACAUGCUCUGUGAGCCCGAGCUGCAGGAGGCUCUUCAGACACUCCUCCAUCCUCCACAUAGAGUGGUGGCGCUGCUGUGUGGCAUCACAGAGGAUGACAUACCAAUGGAAAUGUUCCCAGACUGGCCGUACUGGAGGAAACUUUAUGCUGACGACGAGCCUGCUGUCUAUGUUUCCACUGUUUUGGAGUCAGUAGCUGACAGUAAACGAGUGGAGGCUGGGAUUGAGCAUGAAGCUCCAGCUGCAGCAAUAACAGAGCUGGAAGUCACAGCAGCCUCUUCAACUGAAAAUCCCCCCACUGAGGAAACAGAGGAAUCUGUUCCAGAGGAGCUACAAGAAACUGUCCUGCAGGACGAAGAAGUGGUGAGCUCAGAGAAUUCAGCAAGCGAGGAACUUGGUCCACCUGCAGAACUCACCUGCCUCACCGUUCAACCAAACAGAGUUCUGUGCGGGGACCCGGAGAGACUUUAUAUUAUUUUUACACAUAAAAUAGAUGAUCAGUCGGUACCAGAGGUGGAGUUUUCAUCUGAAAAUGUAGCUGCAACAAGGGUCCCAUGCACUGUGGAGAACGAAUACACUUUAAGUGUUACUGCACCUGAUAUGGCUGCUGGAGUGGUGUCACUCACCCUGCACACUGAGCAGUCCUGUGUCAGUCUGAGCCCUGUAACAUAUUACACCAAUAUGGGAGAAGUCAGUCGGUGUCUUUUAAACGCCACUGAUCCUGUUAACUUCAUCUGCCAGGCCUUCAAGUUGACGUCCAAUGCAACUGAUUCACUGGACAAAAUGUUAACUGACUCGUUAAAAUCCAGGAUGCCUGCAACUAGUCUUCAGCUGUUUGGAAUCAGACAGAUUGAAGAACACAACAUGGCGGCAAAUCAGCGUGAUGAGGAGCUUCCCACGCUGCUUCACUUUGCUGCUAAAUACGGCCUGAAGAAGCUGACCACCAUUCUCCUCCAGUGUCCCGGGGCUCUGCAGGCUUACAGCGUGAUGAACAAGUAUGGAGACUACCCAAACACGCUGGCGGAGAAGAGUGGCUUCAGUGAUCUCAGACAGUUCAUGGAUGAAUUUGUUGAGACAGCAGACAUGCUCAAGUGUCACAUUGAGGACUCCAUCAACACAGACGAGGCUGCAAAGAUCUAUGAGCGAAUGUCACCGACCUCUCAAGAUAUCAUGAUGAAGUACUCGGGCGGCUCAGAGGACAUAUAUGAGUCAAUGCUGGGGAUUGACCCUGAAUGUGCAGAGGACCUAUAUGAAGUGAUGGAUGCAGUAGAAGAAAACCCAGAGGAAGCAAUGCUGAGGAAGUUCUUCCAAGCAAAACCAGCUGCCAGUGUAAAAAAGGACAAUAACCAGCACCUUAAAAGUGAGGAAGAGGAAAGGGACUUGGAUCAAAUUGAAGAAGAGGAGGAUCCAUACAACCUCUGCCCAGAGGACAUCUACGAUGUGGUGGAUGCAGACGGGACCUAUAUCCCAGGAAUCAUGAACCGUCCACCUGCCCCCAUCCCCAGACCUGAGUCCGAGUCUGAGCCUGAAAAGCCUGAGAGGCCUGAGACCUACAUCUCCAGAGUGUUUUCAGAUAAAGCUUCGUCCCAGAGUCCAACGAUGGAAAUGGAUUAUCCUGCAGCUCGGCCUGUGGGCGACCCUCCCCUUUCUACUUACGACCCGUACGCUGGGAUGAAGACACCUGGACAGAGGCAGCUCAUAUCUCUGCAGGAGAGGGUGAAGGUCGGGGAAAUUACUGUGGACGAAGCCGUUCAAGAGUUCAAGGCCUGGCAGUAUGACCAUGAGCGGAGGUCCAGCUCCAUACGCUAUCAGCAGGAAAAUCUGAAGAGAUUACGAGACAGCAUCACCAGACGUCACAAAGAGAAAGAAAAGACAGGAAAGGAUAUCGAGUAUGAGAUAAGUGCUCCGCUGCAGAGGAACUUGUACUGGAGCACGAGAGAGACGUUAGAGUGUUCUGUCUACGAGCCGGCGCCCAGAAUGUCGGCUCCGCCUCCACCUCCCCCGACCCAGAGCAUCCAGAGAGGCAGCUGGAAGACAGGAAGCACGUCCAGCACUUCCAGUACUGAGAGCAACAGACUGAGCACCCACAGCACCUUCAGCUACAGCAGCGGCACCGAGCCUGACUUUGAGGACUCUAUAGAUAGUCUUCCUCCUCCACCACGACCUCCACGCACGUCUGAUGCUCCACCCUUCACGGCUCCCCCCAGGAUUCCUCCACGGGUCCCAGAGAGGGUGCCAGACAAGAUGCUGCAUGAGCGCUACAUCACCUGCCCGACCCGAGCACUUCCUCAGAGACCCUCUCCGAGACACGCAAACAUAGCACCUCCUAUACCUCGCCGCCUGCGGUGAUCGACACAUGUCUGCUUUUGCUGGGUUUAGUUUGAGUGUUUUUUAAAGAAAAAGACUGUGUGUUCCUCUGUUAAAAACAACAACAUCAGAAUUUAACAAGAUGGAUACACACAAAGAGACAGUUUCUUAUUUUGUGUGUCUUUUGCUUUUAUUUUUGUAAGUAAAAGUGUCCCUAACAGAGUAAUUGAGUUUCCUGUUGUAUGUGUAUUUGUGUGUGAGUGAGUCUAUAAUACUUUAAUGUUUAUGUUAUGGUGUGUUUUUUAUUGUAAAAACCUUUUUCCUGUUAUAACCCUGGAUUAUAUUCAUAUACUGUAGUAUUUAAGUUCUUUUUGUUCUAGGUCUUAACUUUAAUGUGUUGGUUUAAAAAAGGAAAAUAAUUAAUGGUGUAGAGUUCCUCAGAAAAAUGUUAUAUUCCUUUUAGUACUUAAUUGUGACAUUUCAUAGUACCUCAAAUUAUGUCACCAUUCUUAAAUGACUUAGAGUUUGAUUAUGAUGAGUGUUUUGUUUUUUUUAGCUGUGGAGUUUUGUUGUACAUCAGACUUUAUGUAACCUCUUCAUAAUGAAAUAUAAAUAUAGUUAUUUUAUACACUUGAACAUGUGGUUAUUCUGAUGGUCUCCUUCACAAUCUGUCCAGGUUUUGUUACUUGUGCAAUAUGAGGUUUGGUCACUUGGUGGCGCUCCUUAUUCUCUGUUUAAUGCUGGGCCCUACUAAAAUGUUUUCCACUUAUGUGAACACUUUUUCCACAGUUGAUUUUAUUUCAUUAAGCAUGCAGCAGUUUAAUCAAAUUACAAAUGACUUCACUGUUAUGAAUAUACAUGAAUCCUGACUGCCAAAACUGUCCACUCAGAAGUUCAGUGAGGAGAGACACAUGUGCAAAGUGUGAGAGAGUGCAACCAGACAGAACUUCUGGCCAGAACUUUUCAAAGUAAAACAAAUAAACAGCAUCAAAGUGAAAAAAUAAUAAUCUGAAGACAUAUGUAGUGUCACGCGUACAGGCAUGUUUUAUUAUUUAACUGCUUUGUGUGUAGAUUUGUGGUUUAUAAUCCUAUGCUGAUUUCCCUCUGUUAGAUAAACAGUGCUGCAAUCCAGGCUGAGAA